AUGGGUAUCAUCUGGCUUUGCGCUACCCUGGGCCCCAAACACAGGCGAGGACCAUCCAAGAAAGCAGUUCAACAACUCGAUGUAGGCGAAGUUUGUACCAAGAUUGCGGAACCACCGACGCCGCUUCCAUUGAGAACCAGUGCAGGACUAUUGGUCGGUGUUGUCCGUGUCCACGAUGCACAUUACGAAUUGUUUGUCCACGACGUGGUCAACCUCGAGACCAGCGUCCGCAAGGCGAUGGUCUCAAUGCGCGGAGUCAGCGGAGGCAUGGUUCCUGGACUCGACAUGGCCAACGGUGCACAAGCUCGUCCGGAACAGAUCACUUUGGGCGGCGACAUCGGAGAAGAACCGGCUCGAGCUAGAGAUUGGGUGGUCAAUCAGGCGUUGGAUUGGGAGGAUUUCAUGGCGCAAUAUGAUAAUCCGGACGGGAUUGGUGCCGAUCUUGAUGGGGAGUCAGAAUUAGAGUCUGGCCGUGACGGAACACCCUCGGAUCGAGCGGCUCGUCACGUCGCUGAUCAGAAGGAUAUUACACUGCCCGGCCAUCGUUACCGAAUGGCGUCUUUGGCACCCGACAUCCGCGAUCCACGUCUGAGUUUGGACCCAGACGACGAUCUCAUCGCCCAAGGAACGAUCGAUCUGGGUCUCGACAUGGGAGAUAUGACUGGAUUUGAAGGAGAAGAUCUCGAUCUUCCCGAAAAUAUACGUCGAAGGCGAGGGAGGGAGAACAGUGAUCAAGGUAUCUUUAGCGCUGCCGGAUUUGGGGUCCCUAGCUCUUCAGGCUUUGGGGGUGGAGCACUCGAUGACCUGCAGGCCGGGGGUAUCGAUCUGGGAAUGGGAGGUUUCGAUGACGUCCUGAAUGAUUUGCCUGCCGAUGAACGAGUCCGCAGAGAGGGUUCGGCCAUACCUAGUACCCAGAGAGACGAGGCAGAAGUAGAAGGCCGCCUGGAAGCCCCGAGGAUUGACGAGGGCGUACCCUCCGCAGACGAGGACGCCCCUCCGAAAAAGGCCAAGAAGAAAAAGACCAGGAUCGUUGACGAGACGAUCGAAUUGUCUCCGGAGGAAGGUCAAGCGAUGCGUGACAACUGGGGUCCCGCGAUGGAUCAGGCUCGAGAGCUUUCGCGCACGAAACAAACCAACGAGGAAUGUCAAGCGCAGGCGACGAGCCAUCUCCAAGAAGGACCCCUCAAGGAAUUCGAGCUUGGAGGUGACAUUAAAGAUUUCUGGGCUUCGAUGAUGACUUCUAGCCGCCCGGAACGUCCGGUUCAAGAAUCGCGCGGCCAUAAGCGCAAGAUCGACGAAGGUAACGAUGUUUGGGGCGACGGAGCCGGUCUAGACGGGCAAGUUGGAGAUUUCUUCGAUCAAGGGGACGGGUUCGGCCUACCUCACCAAGAUGAAGAGGAAAGACAAGGUCGCGCGGGCACGCAAGAUAUGGACGUUGAAGUAGCUCGACGAGCUAGCCAGCAUAGCGAGAAGAAAGCACAAUUCCCCUGGGACAUUGAAGAUGUCACCUUCAGCGAUUUUGGAGGCGGGUUGGCAGGACAAGGCUCUAGUAUCACGGGUACGGGCGCGAAGUUCUCGAUCGAUACGCCACUAGAUGAAAGGCUCAAGCGGCGAGCCCGCUCGACGUCCAUCGUGUCUUUCGGACGACCGGGCUCAGUCGCGCCGCUCGGAAGCGGAAAAGGCGGACCUGAUCUCGACCUCGAAUUACCCGACAUCGACGCUCGCCAGUCACAGGCCGGGGAAGGUGCCUCACAGAAGUCGAGCCUUGUACCCUCGACCGGCAAAUUCCUGGAUUACAUCAAGAAGAUCCCGGAGAAGAAUGGCCGUGACGUCUUUGAUGCGGACGAGGUGAUCACCUUUGAAGACAUCGCGCCGCCGGACACUGUCACCCGAAGAGUUGCGGCUGGUGCCUUUUACAAUUGCUUGACGCUUGCCACCAAGAGCUUGAUUCGGGUUCAGCAGGAAGAAUUCUAUGGCGAAAUUCAGGUUACUAUCGCUCGGGACUGA